AUGUCACCUCUCCCAUACACUGUAGGCUGUUCAGUCCCCCUCACACCCCCCACUCUCGACAAGUUAAAGUCAACAUUCCAAACUGUCCACUACCACCCUAAGGGAUCUGACGAUGCGUCUUUCUCAUCAGAUGAACUCAAAGAGAUCCAUUUGUUCUUCACUACCGGAAGAGGUCUUCCUGAAUCUAUUCAGUCGUUGGAUCAAUUACCGAAUUUGAAACAUAUCCAGUUGGCUUCAGCAGGUGCCGAUGCAAUGUUGCGUUCUUCCACUAUUAAGAAGUACGUUGAACAAAAAGGACAGGGAGUUAGCUUGAGUACAGCUAGUGGAACGCAUGUGUUGAGUAUUCCGCCGUACGCCGUUGGAAUGACUAUUGCGCUUUUACAUCAAUGGCCUAGGAUCAUCUUGGGUGGUAAGGAGAAACAAAAGUGGUUAUCUGAAGAAGAGUGUGAUGUAAAAGGAGAAACAUAUUAUGCUAGAUCGACUUAUGGUAGAACUGCUGGAUUGUUGGGCUACGGUGCUUUGGGUAGAGAAACAGCCCGAUUAUUGAAAUCGCACGGUAUGAGGAUCAUAGCUGCAAAUACUUCUGGUAAAGCUACCCCUCAGGAUGGUUAUGUUAUUCCUGGUACAGGUGAUAAAGAUGGCUCAAUCCCUGAAGAAUACUAUUCAACCAAAGAUCCCAAAUCCGUUGAAACUUUCUUGAAGCAAUCGGAUGUUUUGAUAUGCAGUUUACCCAACACCCCUGCUACUCACUAUUUCUUGAACAAGGAGAAACUUGAGCUGUUACCUGAAGGUGCUGUUUUGGUCAAUGUCGGAAGAGGUAGCUUGAUACCAUCUGAUGACCUCCUGAAGAUCCUCGAUUCACCCAAAUUCUUCGGCGCAGCAAUCGACGUGACUGAUCCCGAACCGUUGCCCGCCAAUCACCCACUAUGGUCUCACCCUAAAUUAAUCAUCACUCCUCAUAUAUCUGGUAAUUCCGAAAACGAGAUGGAUAUUGCGGCUGAUGUUCUCGUUACCAAUGCUAAGAGGUUAAAUGGUGGUGAAGGGGUUAUCAAUGAGAUUCACUUUGGUAGAGGUUAUUAG